UGUAUAUAUAUUAUAUAAGCACUCACAGUCUCACCCUUACCAAUAAGUCAUCAUCCACUCCAUCCCUCCCUUCCCCUCCUGAGAAACUCUCUGCACCAAACUUUCAUGGCAGAUCACUUCAGGCAGCUAUUUCCUCUACUCAACGUGGAUCCAAGCAUGGAGGUUGCCCAAUUCCCAGAGCUAAACCCGAAUUUCGGAGACCUUUCGGGCCCGAAUUUCCACACCUUAAUGGGAUUCUCCCAGCAGGACCAGUUUCUCAGUCAAGUGCCUUCUGCUGCAGAAUUUUCUCCACAAGAAUAUGCAGUCAAUUCCCUUCAUUAUGAAGCGAAAACGGGCCACCGGGCCGUGAUUUUACCCGAAAAUGAUGCCCUUGAGACCAAGAUGAAGCCUGCAGAUUACACCACCAUGGAAAGCUGCUCAGCAAACUCUUCUUCACCUGCAGUUUCUGAGAUUGGAACUAGGAGAAAACAUAGUGUAGGAAAAGGAAAGAGAAAGAAAAGCAGUGAAGAAGAGGAUACAAAACCAAUGGAAGUUGUGCAUGUAAGAGCCAGAAGAGGGCAGGCCACUGAUAGUCACAGUUUAGCAGAAAGGGUUAGGAGAGGGAAAAUCAAUGAGAGACUUAAGUGCUUGCAAGAUAUUGUACCAGGAUGCUAUAAGACAAUGGGCAUGGCUGUAAUGUUGGAUGAAAUAAUCAACUAUGUUCAAUCGUUGCAAAAUCAAGUUGAGUUUCUAUCAAUGAAGCUCACAGAGGCAAGCUCCUAUUAUGACUUCAACUCAGAAACAGAGAUUAUAGAAACAAUGCAGAGAGCAAAGGCAUAUGAAGAUAUGAAAAUGCAGAAGCAAGUGAAGGAUGGGUAUGAAGGGCUCUCAACUUCUAACCCUUUUGACCAGCAGAGCUUUGGGUGCUACCCUUCAUUGCCACACAAUACCUCAUGAGGAUUAUCCUUUUUUUUUUUUUUUUUUUUUCCUUUUUCUUGAAAGUUCUGAUUUUAUCAGUCUAAAAAUUGUACACUUGCAAAUAAAUUCAACAUACAAAGUGAUAAAUGACCAAUUAUUAGCAUAGUGCAUAAUCUCACUCUUUAGUUUUUUUUUUUUACUUCCUGUUGAGGGUACUUAGAUAUUGAAAAUGUUGAGAAAACUAAGUGUAACUCGGUCUUAAUUGCCAUGUAGUUUGGAUUAUUGAAUACAUAAAUU